AUGGCGACUUCAUACCCUGCGUUCUGGAGGACGAUCGCGAAGCCCUCGAAGUCUGCAAAGGCAGGACGCCUGAACUCGGCUCCGGGCAAAGGGCCCCGCGAGCCUCCCGUGCGCUCGCCCCUUAAGCCAUCGUCGCAGCCGUGCAGAAUCGUCUGCUUCUCAGACACCUAUGGUCUAGAGUCGAAGAAUGGUGUGGGCCGUUUCUUGCACGAUAUGCGAGGACUUGCCGAAACAAACCGUUUGCCUUUCGAGUUGAUCGUCCCAGGCAAGGGUGAGGAAAUUCCUUGCGUGCGGCGGAUUCGGGCCCCUUCGUUCACACUUCCCGGCUACGCCGACGUGCAAAUCGCGAUGCCCUUGGAACAACACCGCAAAGCCGUGUCGCGGCACAUCCAAAGCUUCCAUCCCGACGUGAUCCAUGUUUCCACGCCCGGACCCUUUGGCAUCUUUGGUCUCUCGAUUGCCCAACAACGGCAGCUACCAGUCGUCGGCAUCUAUCACACCGAUUUUCCAGGCUUCGCUCGGGAGAUCGUUCGUUUGCAGGUGGCCAAUCUACAGAACAACUCCUCGCAACUCAUUGCCCCCGCCCUGAGUUGGCUCACUCCCCUAUUCAUUCGCCGGAUCGCACCGCUGCUGGAGAAUCUCGAGCAAUCGAACCCUAACGCCGGAGAUGACCUGAGUACCCUGAUCGAGAUUGUCCAGCGAAACUACCAAAGCCUGAGCAACGGACCCCAUCUGGGCGACAUCCUGGCUCGGCUUGCCGACGCGGCCACCACCGAGGUCAUGCGGCGCUACUACUCCCGGUUCUCGCUCGUGGUGGCCCGAUCGCUGUCGCAGCAGAGCGAAUUACAAGACAAGUUGGGCUUAGACCCCAGCCGAGUUCGCUGCCUGGCCCCAGGAACCGACAUUGAGAAAUUUAACCCACGCCACAAGAACCGCAACCUGUGGGAAGACUUCGACGUCCCGCCCAAUUCAUUCAUCGCACUGUAUGUCGGCCGCAUCACGGCUGAGAAGAAUUUCGACUUUCUGGUCGAUGUGUGGAAGCGACUACAGACCGCGAAGAAAGAUGAUGAUUGCGAUCUACAUCUGGUAGUGGUCGGUGAAGGCAACACCGACUUGAAACGCCGCGCGGCAGAACUUCCAGGCGUUCACUUGUUGGGCCCCCAAGGUGGGCGUAGGCUCUCGGCGAUCUACGCCUCGGCAGACAUGGUGCUCUUCCCCUCGGUUACCGAGACGCUCGGACAGGUGGGGCUGGAGGCGGGGGCCUCGGCGGUUCCGGUCGUGGUGGCCGAUCACGGGGGGCAAGUCAUGUACGUCGACGACGGCCACACCGGCUUCAUUCGUUCGACCGAAGAUAGUAAAGCCUGGGUCGACUCCAUUUUGAAGCUCUCGCGAGAUGAAACGCUUCGUCAGAAUAUGGGCGAUCAGGCCCGGGCCCAUAUUGCCACCCAUCACACGUUCGAAGCCACCCUACGAAGCUAUUGGGAUAUCCACGAAGAGGCUGUUGAAUUACAUCGCAGCCAACGCAGAAGUCGCCCUCGAGUGAGAUCCAGGUUGCAUCAACAUGCAACCUCGGCGGGAGAUGCUUCGUUGCCGGGCGUGUUGGUCAUUACCGACUAUCACGCCGGAAAAAAAUUCGGCACGGCCAAGCAGCGCGCUCGCAAGGAAGGGGCAAUCGAGAGAAUGCUGCAGAUGGCAGUGGACGAUGAUCUUGACGUGAUCUUCGGGGGGGACUUUGCCGACCAUGGACCUCGACCCGCGCGGCUGGAAGAAGACUUUGCCAUGCUGCGGAACGUGCAGAGACGGGUGGGCUUGAAGAAGCGACCGAUUUUCGUCCGCGGAAAUCACGACUACGGGUACAGCGACGACCAACUGGUGCAGUUCACCGGCGGCUGCGAGGUUCUUCGGAGUCUGCUGUACCACCACGCGGCCGCAGGCGUGACGAUGACACACGGCCACAUUUUGGGGUUGAAUCGCACGAUCGAGCUUUCAAAGUCGAUGCUCGACUACGCGGCUCUAGAAGACGCACUGCGAGAGGAUGUGCUCGACGAAGACCUGAAACCCUCGGUCAUCGCCUACGGUCUGGCGAACCUGAUCGAGUCUUACAUGGAACAGAAGGGACUCACCGGGCUGGGAACCGUUUGGGAAGGUGUUUUCCAAACCCGUUCGCUGGUGGCAGACAAGCUGCUUCAAUUCGGCCGGCAGUCGAAUCAGGCCGACGAACGGACCUUCAAGCUCAUUGCGAGCCUGGUGGGGUCUCACGAUGAUGUCCAGACGGCCGCCAUGUUGGGAGCUGCCUGCGGAGGGUGGGCCACGAUUGUCGGCCAUACGCACGAGCCGCUCGUGAGGAAUGUGCGAUUUCGGUCAUACUCGAACGCCCGAGUGCCCCUGCAACUCGUCGGCAACGCGGGCAAUGUAAAUCGCAAGUAUCCCACUUGUGCCGUGGCCCGAUUCCCGGAAGUGGUCGUGCUUCGCUAUCGUCAAAAGACCGACAAACUACACGUACUCCACCGCGAAGUCAUACCCGAGUCGGACAUCGAAUCCUGUAGAGCGCGUCUCCGCACGGUCACUGCGUUGCCCACAGCCUGA